CGGAAGCGGAAGCGCGGGUCUCCCCGGGAGCCAUGGCCGCCGGGGGUCUGAGCCGGUCGGAGCGUAAGGCUGCGGAGCGGGUCCGGAGGUUGCGGGAGGAGCAGCAGCGGGAGCGCCUCCGCCAGGUGUCGCGCAUCCUGAGGAAGGCGGUGGCCGAGCGCAGCGCCGAGGAGGGCCGGCUCCUGGCUGAGAGCGAGGACCUGGUGACCGAGCUGCAGGGCCGGAGCAGGCGGCGCGAGGGCCUGAAGCGGCGGCAGGAGGAGGUGUGCGACGACCCAGAGGAGCUGCGGAGGAAAGUCCGGGAGCUGGCCGGCGCCGUCCGCAACGCCAAGUACCUGGUCGUCUACACGGGUGCGGGGAUCAGCACGGCAGCCUCCAUCCCAGAUUACCGGGGCCCUAAUGGCGUAUGGACACUGCUUCAGAAAGGAAGAAGUGUUAGUGCUGGCGACCUCAGUGAGGCUGAGCCAACUCUCACCCACAUGAGCAUCGCCCGCCUACACGAGCAGAAGCUGGUGCAGCACGUGGUGUCACAGAACUGCGACGGGCUCCACCUGCGGAGUGGGCUGCCGCGCUCGGCAAUGUCGGAGCUCCACGGGAACAUGUACAUUGAAGUCUGCACGGCCUGCACACCCAACAGGGAGUACGUGCGGGUGUUUGAUGUGACGGAGCGCACCGCCUUGCACCGCCACCAGACAGGCCGAACCUGCCACAAGUGCGGGGCCCAGCUCCGUGACACCAUCGUGCACUUUGGGGAGAGGGGGACGCUGGGGCAGCCUCUGAACUGGGAGGCAGCCACCCAGGCUGCCAGCAAAGCAGACACAAUCCUGUGUUUAGGCUCCAGCUUAAAGGUUCUAAAGAAGUAUCCCCACCUCUGGUGCAUGACCAAGCCCCCCAGCCGGCGGCCCAAGCUCUACAUCGUGAACUUGCAGUGGACCCCGAAGGAUGACUGGGCUGCCCUGAAGCUGCACGGAAAGUGUGAUGACGUCAUGCGGCUCCUCAUGGACGAGCUCGGUCUGGACAUCCCCCACUACAGCAGGUGGCAGGACCCCAUCUUCUCACUGGCAACUCCCCUGCGUGCAGGUGAGGAAGGCAGCCACAGUCGCAAGUUGCUGUGCAGAAGCCGAGAGGAGCCUGGAGCCUGCGGCCGGGGCACCCCUCCGAGCUCUGCCCCUGUCCUGGGCGGCUGGUUUGGCAGGGGCUGCACCAAGCGCACAAAAAGGAAGAAAGCAACGUAAUCUGGUGCUUGACCGGGAACAAUGAUGGCACUUUGCAAAUGGCCGGAACUUACUCAGGGGCACGUGGCACCGUGAAGUCUAGGACUGCACCUGAGACUUCUCGGGGUGACAUUUUCACCCUGACGCGUGUAGCCAGCCGUCUGUCCUUGUGGGAAGCCCCCUUGCACUGCUGCGGUUGCCCCCGCAUGGGCCUGAGGGUGGAGGACACCUCACCCGUGCAGCCUCUUCAUGAAGAGGUGGCAGCCAUACUCUCUGUGAGAACAGUACUCGGGUUAUUUCACACCUGGUUGGCCAAGAGGAAGCACAGGCUGCCUUACCUCGUUCACCAGGCUAGUCUCAGGGGACUCAACCCUAUUUCUACUACUUCUUAACUUUAUAGAAGCCUUCUUCCGUAUUGAAUAUGCUGCAAAGGAGUGGUUUUGAGCCUUGGCUCUCAAGCAGACCUUUUUAUUAUUAAACAUCUCUGCACUGUC